AUGGCCGGCCUGUCGGACCUGGAGCUGCGGCGGGAGCUGCAGGCCCUGGGCUUCCAGCCAGGACCCAUCACCGACACCACUCGGGACGUGUACCGCAACAAGCUGCGCCGCCUGCGGGGCGAGGCCCGGCUGCGCGACGCGGAGCGGCCGCGGGCCGAGGCCCGGCUGCGCGAGGAGGCGCCGCUGCGCGCCCGGCCCGCCGCGGCCUCGGUGCGGGCGGAGCCCUGGCUCUCCCCGCCGGCCUCCAAGACCUCGGGGCCUCAUGGCGACCUCGGGGCCUCCGCCGCUCCCUGGGCCGGGAGCCGCGGCCUCGCCUAUCCCGUCCGCCCCGCGCCGUUCCGGCGCCGCGCCUCGGUCCGGGGCAGCUCUGAGGAGGACGAGGACGCCCGGACGUCCGACAGGGCCGCGCUGGGCCCGAUCCGCCGCUGGUGGGCCUCGAGCCCGGCCUGGGCGCGGCCGCCCCCGGCCGCCUUCGGCCCUGACCCGCGCCCCGGCCUGCGGGCCUCGCGAGCGGGCAGUGCGGGCGCGGCGCGGGCCAGGCCGGAGGCGGGGCGGCGGCUGGAGCGCUACCUGUCCCGGCUCCUGCUCUGGGCCAGCCUGGGGCUGCUGCUCGUCUUCCUGGGCAUCCUCUGGGUGAAGAUGGGCAGACCCUCGGCGCCGCAGGAGGCGGAGGACCACAUGAAAUUAUUACCAGUGGAAUGUGAGAGAAAAACAGAUGAGUUCUGCCAGGCCAAGCAGAAGGCGGCCUUGCUGGAGCUGCUGCACGAGCUGUACAACUUCCUGGCCAUCCAAGCCGGUAACUUUGAGUGUGGCAAUCCCGAGAAGCUAAAAAGCAAAUGCAUUCCUGUUCUGGAAGCCCAGGAAUACAUAGCCAAUGUGACGGGCAGCUCCUCCUCGAGGUUUGAAGCCGCACUGACCUGGAUCUUGAGCAGCAACAAGGACGUGGGCAUCUGGUUGAAAGGGGAAGACUCAUCAGAGCUGGUGACAACCGUGGACAAGGUGGUCUGCCUGGAGUCUGCCCGACCCCGCAUGGGCAUUGGCUGCCGUCUAAGUCGUGCCCUGCUCACCGCCGUCACCCACGUGCUCAUCUUCUUUUGGUGCCUGGCCUUCCUGUGGGGGCUCCUGAUCCUGCUGAAGUACAGGUGGCGGAAGUUAGAAGAGGAGGAGCAGGCCAUGUACGAGAUGGUGAAGAAGAUCAUAGACGUGGUCCAGGACCACUAUGUGGACUGGGAGCAGGACAUGGAACGCUACCCGUAUGUGGGCAUCCUCCACGUGCGCGACAGCCUCAUCCCUCCACAGAGCCGGCGGCGCAUGAAGCGUGUGUGGGACCGUGCUGUGGAAUUCCUGGCCUCCAACGAAUCCCGGAUCCAGACAGAGUCCCACCGUGUGGCAGGGGAGGACAUGCUGGUGUGGAGAUGGACUAAGCCUUCCUCUUUCUCUGACUCCGAGCGAUAGGGCCCAGCCUGCUGCAGGCAAGGCGGGCACACAGCUUGGUGCUCACUCAGCCUGCCUUGACUGCCCUAUCCAGCCUGGCUCCUGACAUACGGGCUUCCAUGGGACGCAGGGAGAAGCUGGGUGAGGGCCCACCCCUCUGCCUGUCUUGUGGGCAGAAAAUGGGAGGACAGCCCCUUUUCCCCGGCCAGAAGACAUGCACAGAUGUGAGGGGCUGGUGGGCAGGACAAGUCCCUCAGCCCCUCAGCUUGGGAGUGGGCCGGGUGGCAGGGCCCAGGGGGUGCUUGGUCCGUGUGCCUUUGGUGUUUGCAGGAGCACUAGGGUGAGAAUGCCUGUCCUCUGCUGGGCGGGCUGCUCUGUCCACAAGGAUAAACCGGUAGAAAUUAGAGCCAGUGUGGUAGGAACUGGGGAGGCUCCAGCCGUGACCUGCAGCCCCAGGUCAGGAGGUGUGGGCUGGGCCAGGGCCACCCAGAAGUGGGGGCUUCCCCCACCUCUGCGCCCCCAGCGCCUCCAUGGUGCUUUUUCAGGAACCUGGUUUUCAGACCAGACCUGUGGCGAGGCCUGGCAUUGAAGCCAUGAUGCCAGGGCCCCGGCUUGGCUCAGGUGUGAGCCUUGGGCUCUUCACAGAUCACUGUUGUACUGUGACUCAGCCUCUGAGGGCUGUGCAGUGGGAACUUGCAGCGCUGGCAGGGUGCGGGCCGUGGGUGCACACUGCCCCCUGCGGGCCGCGCGCCACAGUGCCUGCCGCCAGAGGCCCCACUCCAAACGCCUGGCAGGGGCCUUCCUAGUUAAGUGUGAGCCUCUCCAGCACCUUGCACCAGAUGGCCUCCUCCACCAAAGGCAGAGUGGUGGGGGAGCACGGGAGGAGGUGCAGGGCUGCCUCCCCAAGACGCUGAGCGCCCCCUCUCUGGGCUCAUUGGCAUUUGCUGUAUGCUUAACAAAGUGCCCGUUUCCUCAUUUGAGCAAUAGUCUCACCGCUGGCGUCUGGAUGGUGGCUGGGCUGGGGUCUGAGCACCCCGCCCCAUGGCAAGACAUCGUGCUUGUGAUCAGGCACAGCCGGCUCAGGAGACGCUACAGCAGGCUUCUGCACCAGGGUUGGAUCUGCUGGAUAAUAAAGUGUUGAUGGAAAAUGAA